ACUUCUACUGUACUAAUCCAAACAACCAGUCUCGCAGCUUCCUUCACAGCCUGUGCAAACUCCCUCGUCUCCUCCAUAAUACUACCCAUAAUCUCCCUGCUCCCUUUCAUCUCUCGCAACCUCGACUCCAAAUUCGCCAUACUGCAAUCUGGGCCCAACUACAAUGUCUCCAUCUCCAACGGCUACAACACGCCUAAACAAGCCAUCGACGACGGUGCUGUGGUACUGGCUUAUGGAGAUUUCCUAGAUAAAAUUAUUAGGUUUCUGGCGAUCGCACUGGCGCUUUGGGUCAUCGCGCUGGCAUAUUCGAGGGGUAGCGGGGACAAUAUUGUGAAGAAGCAGGUCAAGUGCAAGUUCUGUAGAAAGUACAUUAGUGAGAAGGCUAAGAGGUGUGUUAACUGUACCAGUUGGGUGGAUGGGAGAGAGGACCGGGGGUAG